AUGCGAGCCUAUUGGAUGCCUUCUGCCACUCCUGACGCGCCCAAGAAGGUCGACCCGCCUCCCACUGACACCACGUGUCCGGAAGGCUGCGGGAAGCUUCGCCUCAAGGACCUUUUCCCGGUUGUUUUCACGCCGCUGCCGCUGCCGGACCAGCCUCUUGGCUUCGGCGGAGGCUCGGGCGGAGGUUCGGGAGGAGGUUCGGCGAAGCAGGUGACGACGUCGGCUGCGGUGAGCAACGGUGGAGCGCGGUACAUGUGCCCUGCGUGCUCCACCACCCUCACUAAUGCUUCGAAACUCUCGGCUAUAGUUGCAUGUGGGCACGUGCUGUGCCGUCGGUGCAUUGAGAAAUUCGUUUCUGCUGAUGGGGCUUGCACAGUCUGUGGGACAGCCGUGGAGGGUGGUGGUGCUGCUGGGAGUGGGAAAGGGGGGGAGAGGAGGGGGUUGGUGGAGCUGGCGUGUGGAGGGACGGGGUAUGCGGGGCAUGGGGAUGGGCUUGUGGCAAAGGCGUUCAAGCCGCUGGGGAGGUAUGCGGGGCAUGGGGAUGGGCUGGUGGUGAAGGCGUUCAAGCCGCUGGGGAGUGGCCCUGCUGCUGCUCCUCCUAUCAAACCCACCCGGCUGCUCUGA